AUGGCAUUGGGAGCCGCAAACUACUUUCCUGCUGUGUCGGGGAAUCCUUGCCUCCGACCCGAUCCUCGUGAUUACAUCAAUUUAUUUGUGUUUCUUUUUGCUAUCGAGCAUGUAAAUAUGGAUCUAAACAUUUUGCCAAAUAUCACGCUGGGAUAUCAUUUCUAUGACUCCUGUUUUAACGCAAAAAAAGCUGUGAAAAGUGUUCUACAGAUUCUAUGCAGUGCAGAGAAAACCAUCCCUAAUUAUUCUUGUACGGACCACAACAAGCUGGCAGGUUUUAUUGGUGAUCACCAUUCAUUUACAACGAUCCCCAUAGCAGAGAUAUUAGGGGUGUAUGGAUAUUCACAGAUAAGUUAUGGAGCUACAGAUUUCUCUUUGAGUGACAGACUUAUGUAUCCACAUUUGUUUCGAAUGGUUCAAAAUGAUUACACCUAUUUUAAGAUUGUGACCCAACUUCUGAAACAUUUUGGCUGGACAUGGGUGGGAAUUCUGACUUCGUAUGAUGAGACUGUAGGGACAGAGAGUCAGAUUUUAAGAAAAUACAUGACCAGUUAUGACUUUCACAUCAACAGCAGCAUAAGGAAGCUACCGACAUGUUUACUGGACACCCAGCACUUCAUUAGUCAGAUAGAAAACAUAGAGCUAACCAACACAGAUACCAUUCUAGCCACCAUGGACGUCAAAAGCCUUUAUACGAUAAUACCAAAGAAGGAAGGUAUGGAAGCCAUCAGUGAAAUUUUACAGCAAGAUGAAGCAUACCAAGGUCCUCCGAUUCCAUACUUAAUGGAAUGGCUCGAUAUUGCUCUAACCUGCAACUACUUUAAAUUCGAGGAGCACUUCUAUCUACAGACCUCCGGUACGGCCAUGGGGGCGGCCAUGGCACCGGCAUAUGCCAAUGGAUUCAUGUACUGGUUUGAAAAUACGUACAUUCUCCCUAUAUACCAACAUCAGAUAAUUAAGUACUUAAGAUAUGUUGACGAUAUCUUCAUGAUCUGGAAAGGGACUACGACUACACUUGAGGAAAUGGUGGAGAAUAUCAAUAGUCUACCAAUACCAGUAACGCUGACACUUAGUUGGCAUAAUACCAACAUUGAAUUUCUAGAUGUCUCGAUCUUUAAGGAAGAGGACCGGCUGGGGUUCACCCUAUACAGAAAGGUGACUGACCGUAACACUCUCCUAUCAGCUACCAGUUUCCAUCCUCAACACAUCAAGGACUCUUUACCCAUAUCACAGUUUCUAAGGGUGCUACGAUUUAACAGCGACCCAAGUAAGUGUGAAGAGCAACUGCACGAAGUUCGUGACCGCUUCCUAGCAAGGGGAUUCCAUCCCAGAAUAUUGGAUAUUGCAUUGGAUAAAGCUCGAAUGACACCCCCCUUCAUGGGAAAGUGGGAAGAUCUUAUAGGUGAAAAGUUGCUAUCUCACACACGACUGCUCAGUGUCCAGAAAGGCACAGGAGACAUCACUCAAACUGUUAAUGUGUUGAUUCCAAAAUCUAUAUGUUCUGAAAAAUGUUUACCUGGAACCAGAAAAGUCCUGAGACAAGAAAUACAAACCUGCUGCUACGACUGUAUUUUGUGUUCAGAUGGAGAAAUAACCAAUAGAACUGAUAGUGAAAACUGUGAGAAAUGUCUAAACGCUGAAUGGCCCAAUGAGAGGAAAGAUCGGUGUAUUCCAAAACUGGAAGAAUUUCUAGCCUACAGAAAUGAUACUAUUGCCAUCAUUUUGUCCUCUCUCUCAAUCUUGUGUUUCCUUAUAACAUUUAUGAUAUUAGUCAUUUUUAUUUGGUAUCAAGACACGCCUAUUGUAAAAGCCAAUAACAAGAAGCUCAGCUUUGUCCUCCUGGUGUCCAUCAUGCUGAGCUUUCUCUGUGUGUUUCUGUUCCUCGGUCGACCUGUGGAAAUAACCUGCAUGCUGCGUCAAACUGCUUUUGGAACCCUCUUCUCAAUAGCAAUCUCUUGCAUUUUGGGUAAAACUAUAAUUAUCUAUUUUGCCUUUAAAGCCACCCAACCCGGCAGUGUCUGGAAAAGCUUUGUUAGUUUAAAAGUCUCCAAUUGUUUCGUAUUCUGCUGUUCUGCUGUUCAAGUUAUAAUUAAUGUAAUAUGGUUGGCUAUUUCACCCCCCUUUAUGGAACUUGACACACAUUCUCAUCAAGGAACGAUCAUCAUUCAGUGUAAUGAAGGUUCAGUUAUUGCCUUCUACUCAGUCCUGGGUUAUAUGGGAAUCCUGGCAGCUGUUAGUUUCAUAAUAGCUUUUUUAGCCAGGACAUUACCGGACAGUUUUAAUGAAGCCAAGUACAUCACCUUCAGCAUGCUGGUAUUUUGCAGUGUUUGGAUUGCAAUGAUCCCGGCCUAUCUGAGCACCAAAGGGAAAUACAUGGUGGCUGUAGAGAUAUUUGCCAUAUUGACCUCAAGUGCUGGACUUUUAGCAUGCAUAUUUUUUCCAAAAUGUUUCAAUGUUAUAUUCAGACCUGAAAUAAAUACAAAAUUCCAUUUAUUUGGGAAUAUAAAUAAAAUUGGGGCCCAGAAUUAA